CUUAAUGUUAUUAUGCCAGAGGAAAUGAGUAUUUCUGUAAAUGGACAAUCUCAAGUCCCACCAGGGUUUAGAUUUCAUCCAACAGAAGAGGAGCUAUUACAAUAUUACUUGAAGAAGAAAGUUGCAAAUGAGAAGAUUGAUUUGGAUGUAAUCCAAGAAGUUGAUCUCAAUAAGCUUGAGCCUUGGGAUAUUCAAGACAAGUGUAAAAUUGGAUCAACUCCACAAAAUGAUUGGUAUUUCUUUAGUCACAAAGACAAAAAGUAUCCAACGGGUACAAGGACAAAUAGAGCAACGGCUGCUGGAUUUUGGAAAGCUACGGGGCGUGACAAAGUGAUAUAUUCAAAUUGUCGAAGGAUUGGUAUGAGGAAGACACUUGUUUUUUACAAAGGUAGAGCACCUCAUGGUCAAAAAUCUGAUUGGAUUAUGCAUGAGUACAGAUUUGAUGAUCAUAUUGCCGAAGAAGAAGGUUGGGUUAUUUGUCGCAUAUUCAAGAAGAAAAAUCAUCAUGUCAAUGUCAAAUCAUUCGACACUCAUCAUCCUCCUAAUAAUAAUAUUGAUAUUCAUCAUGAUGAAGAAGGACCCUUAGAACAACUACUCCAUUACAUGACGAGAUGCAAGGAAGAAAACCAUAACAUGCAACUUCCAAACCUAGAUACCCAUCCAAAUUCAUGUGAAGGGGGAUUGAAUAAUUGGAUUGCCGUUGAUCGUCUUGUAGCUUCACAUCUUAAUGGACAAACAAUUAAUGAUAAUUAUGAACACCACCAAUACAUCGUCAAUACUACGAAUCAUGAGGAUUAUCUUUGGAGUUCUCCAACUCUUUCAUCAACUAAUAAUGACUCCUUAUGCCACGUCUCUAAUGGAAUCAUUUCAUGAGGAUACUUCAUCUCUUGUGUAUUAAAGUCAAAAGGUUUAAUCAUGAAAUUAUAUAUGUUUUCUUUUUCCUUUUUAUCUAAUUAAUCAUGUAGUAACACUCUUUUUACAUAAUUAAAGGGAGUGCCUUUUUAUAAGUCA